AUGCCAGACGCCUACAUGCAGGGUUCCACAAUGACAAUGAAUGCUCGGAGGCAGUACAGAUCAGUUGCAUUCGGAACAUGGAAGGUCGGGGGAGCUCGGAACAUGACAGAACGGCGGUCAGAGGAACCACUUUCCAGGCUCAAAUGCUCCUCACCGGAACUUCACCAUCUGUCAACAGUCGCUUCAUCCGCUGUUUCUCCAAUCACUGCUUCAUCCACACUUGGCCCUUCUGGUCUACUGAGUGUCGAUAAAAGACACAGUCGACUCGGUGAAAGCAGUCCCAAUUUAUCACGUAUUCAUCAUACUCACACUCAAUUAUCGCUAGGUCUUCCUAACAAAAUGAAUCAAACGAAUGACUUCUUCUCAAGUACAGAGUAUUGUCAGUAUAUCAGCAGUCGAGAUGAUAUUGAUUCCUUCAACGGUAACUCAAACGGAAAGUCUUCGGAACCAAUCCAAGCCGCUUUUCUCCGAAAAUCGCGAAAGGAUGGUGGAGGAUUGCUACAUCUAGACGAAGUUUCAACAUCACAUCACCAUCAUCAGCAAUCGAAAAGUGCAAGAAAUUUGAAAUAUUCGCAGAGCUCGCGUCGAAAAUACGAACAGACGAAUAGUGGAAGUUCGACAGACGAUUCAGACAGAGGAAGUGGAAGCAGUGCACAUCAUCGUUCACACAGUGCCGGUCCUCAUACUACAUAUUCAACAACCUCCACACACGCCAUUUCAACUACCGAAAUGAAUCGAUCUGGAGUAAUGCCACGUGGCAGUGCUGGUUCAAACGGAGAGAGCAACACAACAUUCCUCCGAGCAACUAAGCGAUUCUUCAAAAAGAUAUACACAUCUGCUACGCUUCCAAAAAAACAGAACAGCACAUCGAUGGACAAUUUCCAAAAAUCUUCUGUAUUCUUUGAUGAUGAGAAUCAUCAAAUGCAUCUUAACCAUCUUGGAAGAAUUCAGAAGAAGGCUCCAUUGUCCACAGAUGAAAAUGAUUAUUGUAAUCAUUUGGAUGAUGACUACGAUGAUGAGACGAUGCGCUCUGAAAAUGCUACCAUGGACAUCAGCUAUCCAGAUAGUGGGUUUGAAAUGGAUCGUGCAUCAACUCCAGAACAAUCCAGUAUCUCGAUGACAUCAACAUCAAAAAGUGGUGAUGAGCCUGUGAACUUUAAUAACUUGUUUGAGCAGUUGAAGAGAGAAAUGAAAGAAAUGCGAGAACGUGAUGCUCAAAUUCUGGCAGAUCUUCAACGCGUUGAGACCCAAAUCCAAACCGUGAAACAAGCACAGAUACUCGCAUCACUACAAGACGAAUUCGAACCGGUGGAAAGCAUGCAACUCUGA